AAACAAAAAGUUUUGAAAAACAGUGCAAGUGAUAAAUUCCGUAAUCCUUUGAUAUUAUUUGUGAGUAUAGGUGCGCGCUGCGGUUAGGUUGUAGGUUUUGUGUAGGUUUGUUGGGUUUAGGUUGUAGGUUGUAGGUUGGUAGGUGUAGGCAAGGCUAUAUAAACCUAAACCUACGGGUGCCGGUUGUAGCAGAUGACCUUCACACCAGAAAGAUGAAUGAAAAGUUAAAAGUGAUUGUUGAGGAACUUGGCAAAGAUCCAUUCAACAAGAAGUACAAUGUUAUAAGUUUUGAUGCCCUUGGAUCAGAGCAGCUUCUCCAGGCUCUGAAUGAUGUCUUUGCGGAGAUUGACAGUCAGCAUGCCAUCGACCUACGAGAGGAGCCGCCUGAGGAGACAGUCAUGAGGAUGCUGGCUUUCCUACGCAUCCUCAAAUAUCAGCCUCAGGCAGACCCGAGCUCAUUCCGCCAGGGACUGGUGUCAGGUGAGAAGUACAUCAUCUACCCGAUCUUGGAAUGGUGUCUUCUGAAACUGCCCGACCUGAAGAAGCGAGCCUACUUGGCGCGAUACUUGGUCAAAAUCGAGAUCCCGGGCGACAUCCUCACCGACCCGGAGCUGGACGUUAUGUACAGACAGUACGAGGACCUUAUCGAGGAGUUUAAGGCCACUCACAAGGAGUACGAGGCACUGCGCAACUCCGUAUUUCAAACCGCCGAACUCCGCAAGGACAUCGCCGCAAUGGAAGAGGAACGCGAGAUCGUCACGAAAAAAAUCGAACGGCUAAAAAAUAAGGUGGAGGGACACCCCAACAAGGACGUGCUGCUGGAGUCGGCGCGCCGGCUCCGACUCGAGAAGGACCGCGAACAGGAGCUGGCCAACCAGAAGAUCGAGCAGGAGCAGGCGAUCGCGCGCGCCGACCAGCGGCUGGCGCGUCUGCAGGGACAGCUGAAGGACCUGCGCUCGGCCAGCAUGGGCACCACGCCCGAGGCUCUGAUCCAGCGUUUGGAGGAGGACGUCAAGGUGCACAGCUACCUGGCCACAGAGAAGAUGCCCAAGGAGUUGGAGGUGAAGAAGAAGCAGGUGGCCAACCUGGAGAAAGUGGCCAACGUGCCCGCCCUCACUGCACAGGAUCUGGAGAAAAUAAAGAAAAAGAUCGGCCUGGUGAACAGCGAGGUGGCCCACCUGGUGGAGCAGCGCAUGAUGGCCUCGGACUCGUCCGACGACAAGCUGGGCAUGUUCCGCCAGCAGGCGGCCAUCGUGGCCAAGAAGAAGGAGGCCGCCGCCGAGAAGCUGCAGGAGAUGCAGCAGCAGCUGCAGCAGAUCAAGGACGAUCUGGCGGAGAAGCGCGCGCAGCUGGAGGAGCAGGGCGGCGCGGAGGGCACUGUGCGCGGCGACGACUUCAAGCAGUACGUGCACCAGCUGCGCGGGAAGUCGGCCGUCUACAAGAAGAAGCGGCUCGAGGUUGGGGAGCUGCGCGCCGAGUUCGGCGUGCUCAGCCGUACGCUGGAGAUCCUGAAGGGCAAGGACGCCAUCAUCUCCAACAUGGUGGCCGAGAUGGAGCGGGAGCGCGGUGUGACUGGCAUCAGCAGCACCCAGGAGCAGCUGGAGCAGGCCUCCGAGAGCAAGGCCAGCCUGGACGAACAGAAGGGCGAGACGCUCAACGACAUGUCCGCCAUGGUGCUGCGGCUCAACGAGAAAAUCGCCCAGCGCAAGGCCAAACUGGCGCCCAUCAUCAAAGAGCUGCGCGGAAUGCGCCAGCAGAGUCAGGAGGUCACCAUCGACUACGAGGAGAAAAAGCACGCGUACGACUCGAUGGCCGCCGGCCUGGAGAGCAACAACGCUAAACUGGAGUCGGAGGUUCGCGACAUGAAGCGAGAGCUGGCCGAAUCCGAGUCGCGAAUGCACUGGCUGACGGCACAGCGCGAGAUUCUGGAGGCCCAGAAAGCCAUGGCCGAGCAGGAGGCUAAGCUGUACACGGACAAGGGCAAGGGCAAGUCGCGCCGCGACCAGCUUCAGGCUCUGAUUGCUGAGCAGGAAAAACAAAGCAAGAUACUCAAAGAAGAUCACAAGAAUCUGAAGGAAACAUCGGUUGGCUCGGCAAAGCAGAUGCAAAUGUGGAAGGAUCUAUUGAAGCUGGUGGAGAUGAAGCGCCAGUGCUGGGACGCGCCCAAACGCCAGGCCUCGGCCGGCAGGUUCCAGAAAGAGUCGGCUGGAGAGCGGCUGGAGCUGUAGGCGGCCGCCCUUGGCCAGCUGCCGGCCCGGCGCACCGCCCCGCGCCGGUCCGCUGAGCCUCCCUGCACCGGGACCGCUAUGACCGCCGAGUAACAGCCCGGCGCACGCAGUCUCACCAGCCUCACCAGCACUUAUGCCUAUGCGAUGUCACGGAGCUUUCGUUGUCUGUGGUCUCUAGUCGUUAUUUUGUUUAUUAUAUUGCGUUGGUGGAAAUAAGAUCUGGGAUUUAUUUCAGUCAGUCUACGCUAUCAAUCAUCACAUUGGUGUUUCGGUGCUCUAGCCUGCGAAGAGGUCUGCGAGCACAACUUAUUUCUAGUCACUGAUUGAUCUCGUUUGACUACAAUGUUUGUCCUUUAAUGUGUUACCAUUCUCGAAUUUCAGGAACAUUUGUGAUGUGGGGAUGGCCGAUGUCAUCUCUGUUAAAUCCGUCCAAUGAAUCGUUACCUGAUAAUACACAAGCACUUGCUGUGAAACCAA